AUGAAGAUUGCGAAGCGCUAUCUUCAGAAGGGCGAGACCAUCUACGAGACAAAGACUUAUGCCGGUGGGGGUCACCAGGCGACAGUGCAGCUGAAGGCCUUGCCUGGCGAUUGGGGGAGCCGCGUGUGGGCAGGCCACGUCAGCUCUACGAAACAGAAGGCUGAGCAAAGUGCAGCCGAAAUUGCACUCAAGCAGAUCAGCGAGGACACCGAGAUGAUGGCAGAGGCUGCUAAGCCCAAGGGCGCGGGGAAAGGAAAGGGCAAAGGCAAAGGAAAGGGCUUCGGCUUCAUGUGGGGCCCCUGGGACUGGCAGAUGAUGUGGGGCGGAGGGCCUUCUGGGCCCAAUCUCCCGCGAGAGCGGGUUACAGAGGAGCCGGUGAAGGGCGAGGUCCUGGAGUGGAAGGAUAGCUUCGGCUGGCUGAAGUCCAGCGCGCCCAUUGACCACCCCUCGGCAAAGCAGCGCGAGGGUAAGAUCUACGCAAGCAAGAAGGAUGUGACGUCGGGAACGAUCGAAACAGGAUCCAAAGUCAGCUUCCAUGUGUACAAGGACGCCCAGGGCCUUGGAGCAGAAGAAGUACAGGUGGGCCGACUCGUGACCCAGCGGCUCUGUAGCAUGAACAUGUUCCAAGUGCACGGAGUCCUUCGGAACAAAGAGAAUGCCAAAUGGGCAGAAGGCAUCUCGGGCCUCGAGCUUUUCGAGGCGGACUCUCGAGACGCCCUGGCCCUCCAGGAACCGCUCAGUGCCGCAAAGGCAGUGGUUUGCACUACCGGCGUCCCAGCCUUCGGCAUUGCGGGACAGUGGGAGAAGGGCAAUCAUCCAGAAUCCGUGGAUCACUUCGGUGUGAAGAAUGCUGCGCACGUUUGGUCUGCGGCUUCGGGGCCGAAGCGUCGCUUUGUGCUGAUGUCUUCGAUAGGUGUCACGCGGCGCGAUGGGCUUCCCUACAGCAUCCUCAAUGGUGGCGGCGUCUUAGAUGCGAAGGCAAAGGGUGAAGCGGCCGUGCGCGAGCUUGCCACACAGCGGGGCUUCGGUGUCACAGUGGUUCGGCCUGGGCAGUUGUUUGGCGGGCCAUAUGACAACAAUCGCUACUUGGGCACACUCUUCCAGCUUGACAAGGACUCCAGCGUUCAGGCUGUGAAACUUGAAGCUGGAGACACUGCGGUGGGCGACACUUUGCGCAGUUCACUCGCGGGCGUCCUCGUCCGCAGUCUUUUUUGUGCGGAACCUGACAUGGAGUUUGCAGAGUUACUUCUUGUGCUGAAUGCCGGGAGCAGCUCCUUAAAGUACGCUCUUUUUAGCAUUGCCGGAGCUCCUGCCCGUUGGAGUCGGGUGGUGCAUGGGCUAGCAGAGGGCAUUGCCACCAAGACUGAGUGCCGAAUCAAGGAGGAGACGCAUGAAGGCAAAAAAGUCCACAAGGUGGAUCUCCCAGAUCACCGGACGGCUUUGAGCCGUGUUGUGGAUUUGUUGCCUGGCAGGGAUAACAUCAGCUCGGUGGGUCAUCGAGUCGUUCACGGCGGUGAGAGUUUUAAAUCUGCUGCCUUGAUAAACCAGAGAGUUCUGCAGGCCGUUCGCGAUGCCACUGUCCUCGCCCCUUUGCACAACCCCUGGAACAUCUUGGGCAUUGAGGUUGCCGAAGAGCUGUUCGGGAGAGACUGCCCACAAGUGGCUGUUUUUGAUACAGCCUUCCAUCAGACAAUGCCACCUCGGGCAUACAUGUAUGCUCUCCCUUAUGACCUUUAUAAGACGCACCACAUCCGGAAGUACGGAUUUCAUGGCACUUCUUACCUUUAUGUGGCGGAGGAGACAUCCCGAGUGCUGAAGAAGCCUCUGGACAAGCUGAAUAUCAUUGCCUGCCAUGUGGGCAAUGGCGCAUCAAUGGCAGCAAUCAAGCAGGGCAGAUGCGUUGACACCACAAUGGGAAUGACUCCUUUAGAGGGCCUGGUCAUGGGCACACGGUGUGGCGACAUUGAUCCAGCUGUGCCUUCCCACCUCAUUGAGCAGCUGGGAUACUCCGUGAAGGAGGUCAACAACCUAAUGAACAAGGAAUCGGGGUUGCUUGGGCUUUGCGGUCUGUCUGACGACCGGGACGUUGAGCGUGAAUACUUUGAGCAGAAACCACGAGGCACACUGGCGAAGGAGGUCCAAGUCUACCGGAUGCGCAAAUACCUGGGUGCCUUUAUGGUCGCGCUUGAUGGGCAGGUAGAUGCUUUGGUGUUCACAGGAGGUCUCGGGGAGAAGUCCCACCUCUUAAGGACGCUGGUCUGCCAGGGCUUGGAUCGCCUGGGCCUUGAAAUCGUCGAGGAGGCGAACCAAGCGAAGGGCGGCAGAUUCUCCGAAAACACUCGCUUGGACUCCAAGCGCCUCUCAACGCAGAUCUGGGUGAUCCCGACCGACGAGGAGCUCUGCAUUGCCCAGCAAACGCAGAUGAUUGUGUCAAAGGACAUGGUUACGCAGUGA